AUAAUGAAGAAGCUCUUCAAGCACAAGUUCUCGUGGCCUUUCUUGGAUCCUGUUGAUCCCGUGGAGCUGAAUAUUCCUGACUAUUUUGAAGUCAUCAAAAACCCAAUGGACCUUCAGGAAGAUAUUCCUUUCCUCUAUCUCCUUCUUCACUCUUGCCUGACCUCCUCCCCCUUCUCUUAUGUGCUCUUGACCUUCGACAACGCCAUGCUCUACAACCCUGCUGACAACGCCAUACAUCAGCUUGCGAUCAAAAUGCGAAAAUUCUUU